UAACCAUACUUUUAUCUUGAUGUGAGAGGUAGAGGCCAGACAGUGAUUGCAAUUAAUUACUUAACGUUUGAAAAAAAUGAAAAUAGUAUAAUGGAGCAUAUAGGGUAUAAAAUCCCUGUCUGCAAAACUCCGGUCGUAUGAUCGUAUCACCGUGAUACAAUAAUAUGAUCAAGGUUUUGAAUGAUUGAAGAUUUUGCAAACAUGAUUUUUUUUUUAUCGAAACGAAGCCAUAGUAUUGUGAUACAUUUGAGAAAGACCAAUAAUAAAAGGCCAAAUUUUGCUGUUAACCUAUCUUAUAUACGGUAUCUGAUGAAAGAUUUUUCUUAAUAAUUGACCAACAAUAAUUAAUGCCCAACUGUAUAUUAAUUAUGGCUAUUGAUGUGACACAAUUUGUUCUUAUCUUUUCAAUAAUUUAUUGCUGAACUUUGUGUACAUAUAAUUAAUUCUCAAUUGACUUUCUUUCCGACGACGGACAAGUAGGUCCAAGAGGAGGAAGAUGAAGCCGCCUGAUGAAUCAGCUAAUUACAGAGCUUAGAAGCUGAGGUGCAGCAGGCACAUAGAUUGGAAAUAUAGUACUACAGAGUCAGAAGGAAAUAAAACCACAUGAAUUAAGACAAUGAUAUACGGGUUUACAUGACAUUUCAAAUAUUAAGACUAGAUCACGAAAGAGGUAAAGUUUUCGAUAUAUCUUUUAUUGAUCUCAGCGGCCUGUCAGUUAUUUCUUUUCUUCCAACAAGCAUCAUACCGCGGCUUACAUUUAACCUUUUAGAAGAAGGUAGGCUACAUAGGGUUAGGUUGAGAAAUUACCAAAACAAAACUCUGUGCACAACAUGGAAGCUCAAGAUUACGAGAGUGAAAAAGUGAAGAUUGAUAACAUGCACGAGGGAGUUAGUGAGUGACGCGCGCUGGCUCUGCCACCAAGAUUAUGAGAGUGAAAGAGUUGGGCUUUAUAAAUUUGAGCUCCAAUCCAACCUUCUCUUUUGGGCCCAAAGUUGAUUUGGAUCAAGGGAGGGAACAAGGGCUUGGGCCUGUAAGGUUCAUGCAUGUUGGGCUUGUAGGAAGUAGGACAGUUGCCGUCGGUCAUCAUCGGAUGUAGGGGAAUAGUUAGCAACUUAUUCUAACAUAGGACAACCCUUUUCAGCACGCUUAAAACGAGCUGAAUAUUUCAGUACUUUGGUAAAAUAAUGAUACUCAAAUAUUAUAAUUCUGAGCUUCCGAACGUUGAAUUAGAAUAUCAUCCCACUCAUAUAUUAAUAAUUAAUUAUGUCCAUAAUAUAUAUAUACCCACCUUCGGCCCUCCAUUCCAUCACCACCACUACCACUACUGCCACUCUUGAUCAUUUCUCUCUUUCUGAUCAAGGAGUUAUCUCUGUGUCUUUGCAAGCUAACUACAGAGAGAAAAUUAAUUAAGAAUGGAUACUAAUUAUAAGGUGGUGAGAAGCUUAAGAAUGGUGUUGGCUUACCUGAAAUGGGGAUGGGAUUUGUUGUUCCAUUUGUCCUUCUUCCACCACCGCUACCACGACUACAACUAUUACCAUCACCCAGCCCAACGCCGAGUUCAAGAAUACUAUGACUCCAACGACGUCGUAGUAGCGGGAGCUGCAGGGUCGUCGGAGGAGUCGCCGGAGUGCGCGGUGUGCUUGUCCAAGGUCGAGGAAGGCGACCAAGUCAGGGAGCUGUCAUGUCGCCACGUGUUCCAUAGAGUUUGUCUCGACAGAUGGUGUCACUCGUCGUUUACAAGGAGGUGCCCCACGUGUCCCCUCUGCCGCCGUUCCUUGACUACUACUCCGGCGACCUGCAGGGGGAGCUCAGCGGCGGCGGAACCGCCGGAAGUGCUGCUCUUCGAUUUUGCUAGCUUCGUGUCCUCCGAUCGUGACACCCGCGAUAAUUGGUGGCUCCGCUAGCUAUAGCUACUAGAUACUUUGACGCAUAAUUAAAUUGCAAAUGUAAUCCGCAUUCCGCAAUAUUAAUAUGUGUAAUGGAAAGAUGUAUAGGAACAUGGGAAUAAUAGAUAUAGAUAUAUAGUGAUCGAUUUGGAUCACCUAUUUCAGUGUUUGUCUGUCCCUUUUAAUAGACUGUAUACUUACACAACACUUCAAGUUCCCAAUGAAUGGUUUUGUGAAGUUGAUUUAUCCCUCUCAGUCCCAAAUGCAAUUAUAUAAUUUUUUUUAUUUGUCUUAAUUAUUCAAGUUAUUGGGACCGAUGACUCGUUUGGCAUGGUAUUUGAUUCUUUAAUUAGUCGAGAAGUUUCAUGUUCGAAUCCUUAUGAUUACCCAAUAUUCAUAUUCGAUGAAAUGCUUGGUCUGAUACUCUCAUAUAAAUUUCAAGCCGCAUGAGUUAAUUGUCAUUUGAGAGCAUGUAUAGAGAAGUAUAUGAUUCACUUUUUAGUCUAUUCCACAACUCAAAUUGCCAAUUGAUUUCCCAAAGAAUGGCUUUAUAAUCACGUCUUUUUUUUAUGCCACUUAGAUAAAAUGCAUUUACCAGGGGCUCUGACUAACCAACAACAAUAAAAUUUGGGGAAAAUGUAUUAACACCUGAGCAGUAGUAUAAGAAGUUCAAAUCUAAAACCGCAUUAUCCAAUUAGCUAAUAAUUUGAUCCAAUUCUAAGAUCAUAUCUCUUGACUUGUUGCAACUAUUAGUGUUGAAAUAAUAUAUAUAUAUAUUUUUUUUGCUAAUAAGCGCAAGCUUUCCAAUCAAAUAUUAAUAUCAAUCCACCAGAGUGAUAGACUAUAUAUAAACAGUGCAAUAUGUUGAAAGAUAUUUGCUAAAUACUGUUGAGACACUGUUUGUAUUUCAAAUUGCUUCCAAAAGAUGAAAACGGGUCAUGAUAAAUUCAACUAGCAUAUAAUUCCAACAUUUUUUGUUUGUUUGAGAAUGUGUGAUAUGAGUCGGAUAUUAAAUUUAUAUUAUUUAUUAAAUUUUAUAAAGACCU